CUCCUCCUCCCGCCCUUGACUCGCGAAUCGCGAUUGCGGGGAGGGAUCGGCGCGAGAAGAGGAGCUGCUGCGCCACCCCCGUCACUCCGGAUCAAGCUGGCGGGACUUGCCGGGCGCAGGGAGAGCGGAGCCGGCUGCUGCUGCUGCUACUAAACCGGAGCGUCGGAUUUUCGGGGAAAGCGGAGCGACUCCGGAUCGAGGAGCCGGACCGGAGGUCGGACUCAGGAAGGAAGGAAAGUAAGAGGGAAAGAAGGAAGAAAAGAAGGAGGCGAGCGCGCCCUCUCCCCCCAGUUCCCUCCAACCGGCGCGCCGCCUUUGCAAACUCUCCGUCCGGGCGCAGAAGCUCCGUCCGGGAAGAAGAUGCGGCGGCGGCGAGGGCUGCGGGCGCCGGAGAACAACCUGAACGACUGCUCCGUUUCCUAGCCCAGCGGCCAGAAAGCAUCUACCAAUGGCGGAGAAGCGGAUCCUGGAAGCUGUGAGCACCAUGAGUUACAGCAAGCUCCCUCGAAUGGAGCUGGACCCAACCCACAUCCUCCCAGUUGGUAUGUGCCGGUCGAGUAGGCUGACCGAGCUUCCCAUGGAAGACCAUUACAGUUAUAAAGGCUCCUAUUUUACUUUCCCGCUCCAGUGCCACGAAGCGCCCAAAACUUUAUCUCACUGGCCGGCUGCCGAGAACUACAGCCAUUGCCCGGCCAGUACGCCUGGCCACUCUCCAAGGACAGAGAAAACGACUUGCCAGUCCGGGAUGGAAAGUUUGAAAGCCCACCACAGAUUUCCGGGUUCUGAGAAGGUCAAUGAAUGUCUCCCCCGUGAACGGUGGGCCAGCUACGUGGGUCACGCAGGGGUCAUCCAGCAAGGUUGGCUCCAGGCGGGAUACCCAACCCAGCAGCUCCCUCCAGCUCCGGCUGCUCGCUCCACCUUGGCAGCCCCCAAGCCGGUUUACCGAAGCCAGGCAUACGGGACGGAAUCGGGCUACUCUUCCAAAAGGGCUCUAACCUUCCAAAUGCAGAUGGAGAACUAUUCAAAGCGUUUGGAAUGGACUUCCCCAUCCUUGGUUUUGCCCGCCGGUGCCGAGAGUCACGGUUUCAGCACAGCGGGCGCCAAGACAACCUCGGUGGGUGAGAAUGGUGCAGUGCAGUUCCGGAAAGGUCCCAAAGAGGGCGCUGUUCACUCGUCUGGCUUCAUGCCGUACCAGAAGACUUUGGAGAAAUGCCAGGGGGCACAGAAUGGCACUUCCUUGGAUGCCAGCUACCCCUCCGUAAGUCAGAAAAACAAUGCGGAGUCGCCAACGGGUAGCAAUUCCAGAAAACACAUGUGGUCCCGGCUACCGCCGUCACCUCUUCCUUCUCCUCUUCCUCCUCCUCCUCCUCUUUCCAGCUUGCUGGUGAAUCGCCAGGACCUGGCGUACCAGGAGCGAUCGCCCUCAUGCUACCCUCUAGGAUCAUAUCCUCUGACGUCUCACGAGCAGAUGUUGUUGUACCAUCAGAGCUACGUGCAAGCCGAAAAAACGAACUCCGUCUUUGCUUUGGCGGCCUGCAAAGGUUUCGGGUCUCCUCCAAGCCGUGAAGAUGGGCAGGUGUUUCCUGGGUCAUAUUUCCAGCAAACGUCUCGCAGCUAUUAUCCCGGGCAUCUGGAGAGCUACCUUUACCAGGCGGUGGGCCCACCUCCCUUGACCCCUUCGGACGAGCUUCCCUCUACGAGAGAACACGAGCAGACGCAGAACACGGGGGCCAAGGUGGACUUCCCCCCAAAGACUCCUGUCUCCGCCUGUGCUCUGCCUGAGAAGUCUGCUCCAGCUUGUAGUCCUUGGCGCAGCCGAGGUGGCCUUCCAGACUGGUGUGAAAGUGGUUGUGUUGCAAGAGAAGCCAGCACAAAUUCUUCGGGUCUACAAGCUUUCCCUUCCCUUCAUCAAGUAGACCAGCUGUCUCACUGUUACAACAGGGUUGAAAAGAUGGAGCACAACGCUUGCAAGAAGGAUCUUUUCCCGCCAGAAAAGGUUCCGGAGGAGGAAGGAUCUUUUGAGACACACAAAAAGAUCUUAACUUACGAAUCUAGGAAGAGGAACAUCACCCCUCACAAAAACGAAGUGGGGGGCUGCAUCAUGAUUCCCGAUAGCCCAAUGGUCUCCCACAAUCCUUACUCCAAGCCAGCCCUGCCGAAAAACCUUCUGAGGGCUCCCAACAUCCAGUCUGCGCCUCAUGGACAUUGGUCCCCGGGGGAUCAACCGAAGGGACGCCAUGAAUGGCGUGAAGGCCCCUUGACGUCUUCUCCUCCCAUGCCCAUCAUCCACAACGUCUUCAGCUUAGCUCCGUACCAAGCCUACUUAGAAGGUUCUGCCGAUUUGGUGGAGCUGGACGCCGCCAAACGUUGCCAGGCUGAGGAGUCGCCUCCCAGAAGCCGAGGCAAGAGGGUGGAAAAGAGAUGGACAGGUGCUCAACGGUUGACUGAAGGAGGAAGCCUGAAUCCGCUUCGGGAGGAAGGAACCCCUCGCAACGCAAUCACGAAAGGUGGAGAUGCUGACUUGAAUAAAAACAGUCUCCCAACAGGGCAAGGGGGUGGAGAUUAUGCUGGCCCUCGGGAAAGCUUCAAGGUCAAGCUUCUGAAUCCCACCGACCCUGCGUCUUGCCAACCCUCCCUUCCCGAUCAUCCCGACGGUAGAGUUGAGAGGCCAGCUCAAGAGGACCACGUCUUGGACCUCAGCUUUAAAACGGACGACUCGGCAGAGCGACCUGAUCUUCCGCAGUUGCCCAAGAAGGCCGAGGCUCCAGACGUUGGAGGUCCAAAGGUCCAAGGGGAAGACAUCAAGGAGAAAGCAGCCGACAGCCAGGGCUCCGCCUCGCGGGCCAACGGAGAGACCUCGGUGCUGCCUGUCAACGGUGAGUCGAGAGGCAGCCGGCAUUUUCACAGCUCUGCGGCGUUUCUCUUCAAGAAAUUCAAAAUCCUAAAAGCUCACACGGCGGAAGCUGCCUCUGGGGUCAAGGACGUCUCCCUCCCCAAAGGGACCGACGCACAAGUAAGUCAGCCCAACAGCCCCUUGGUUGAGCCCAGCCUUCCCCAGGCUGUGACGCCACCCGAAACUCUGAUUUUGCAGAUCAAGUGCUUGAAUGCUAAGCUGCCUGAUGCUCCUGCUCUCGUGCCUCCGAGCGCUCUUCUGGGCUCCCCUGCCCUCCGAGAGAUCCACGUUCUGGAUCCCGCCACGGAAAAACUUCUCGGCCAGCAGAAAUAUUCACCCAGGCAAUAUUUCACCGUGCUGCAUACCUGCGUCUGCACGGUAAUAUCCGGUGUGGUGUCCACCUCCUCCCCUGACCAGCUCAAGGAGUGGCUGGAGAUGGCCGAGCCCACAGCAGAGCUGCAGGAGAAGACCGUCAGUUCCACCAAGCCCAAAAAUGGUUCCAAGGUCCCUGAAGGGCCCAAGCUUUCCAAGGGCAAGGAGAUCUGGUUGGCCUUUAAGGGCGUAGAGGUGUUGGUGAAGAAGUUGCAAUCCCAACUGGAGAUGUUUAUGCUCUACAACAAGUGUCCUUUCCCUCACGUGAUGCGUGCCGGCGCCACCUUCAUCCCUAUCCACGUGGUGAAGGAGGAGCUCUUCCCCAAUCUUCCCGGCGCGUCGGUCGACCACGUCUUACAGGACCACAAGGUGGAACUGCGUCCCACCACCUUGUCUGAAGAGAAGGCGUUGCGCGACCUGGACCUGAAGACUUGUACUUCUCGGAUGUUGAAGCUGCUGGCGUUGAAACAGCUGCCGGACAUUUACCUGGACCUCCUGACCCUUCAUUGGCACGAGUGCGUCAAGGAGCAGCUUGAGGAACCUGCGAAGUUGAUCCCAAACAGAGAAGUUGAGGCGUUAGAAACAGAUGAAACCACCGAGUCUCUUGACCAGGAUUUCCAAGAGAAGAGGACCAAAGGCCAAACGUGUGGAUUGGCAGCCUGUUUUGGGACUACGUCCUUGCCUUAUGAGACUCUCCAUCCAGAUCAUCAAGAGACCCUAGCCAGAUGUCCUUCACCUUCCCUACAACGUAGUUGCGUGCUAAAGGGGGUGAAGGUGCUUCCUAAGGAAGACACAGCCGUGGAGACCAAGGGACUCACUCUUUGCCCUGGUGCUAGGAGGCCAUCCCGUAAACAGCCAAGGGCUCUCAAGUUUAAAUUGACUGCGAAGGUCGCUAGGAGGACAACGAGGGCUUCCAAGAUCCUUCAUCUCCGGAAAUCUGUGGUUCACAUCCAAUUCCAGAAUGCUCUUCAAGACAUUCAAGGACCUCAGAUUCUUGGUCCUUCAGGAAAGGGGAAGAAGGUUCCACCACCGCUCCUCCUCAAGCGUUUCAAGCGUCGGAGACACAGUCGUGCCAAGGUUUCUUCCUUGCCCUCCGAGUAUCCAGAACUCGUUGGGAAGAGGAUCAGGCACUUGUACGAGGAGAAGGACAAGACCGAGGCCUGGUAUCAGGGCGUCGUCCUUCGCGUCCACAAACCCCACAAGAACCCUUUGAAGACAGUUUACGAGGUGAAAUAUGACAGUGAGCCAGAAUGGCAAUAUUACCUUGAGAUUCUUCAGGAUUAUAAGAAAGGUUGGGUGGAGCUGGAUGAAUGAGGGUAUGGGUGUGUAUUUGUGUGUGUGUGUGUCAAAUUGAUUGAGAAGAGGGGAGAUUUGAUUCAUCCAGCUGCCUGUCGGAUUGGAACACAGAGGAAAGGAUUCGAGAUUAAAAUGGCUUCCCUACAUCUCGCACAGCGUCAUCAC